UUUCCUUCCUCAAAUCCUUUGCUUCCUCCGUCUCUCCUUACACUACUCUCAUGUCCCGUUCGCGUCGUUUACCUUUCGCUUGUACCAGCGACUCUUUCUCUCUUCCUCAACCAACUUUGACUUGUCGCCCAUUCUUCCUCUCUAUUCCUCUAUUUUCUCUUUUCUCUCUCUCUCUCUCUCUCUCUCUCUCUCUCUCUCUCUCUCUCUCUCUCUCUCUCUCUCUCUCUCUCUCUCUCUCUCUCGACCAUCACCAGCCUGACCGCCGACGCGAACAUUCGGAGAAAUCGAAUGCGAGAUUUACAAGUGCCUGCUGCUUAUCUCUCUGGAGUCUACGACGAUGACAACAACAUCAAUAAGAAGAUCCUCGUCUAUCUUCGCGAGAAAUAUCGAGGCAACAUCGAUCCUUUGGUAGAAGCGCGAACGCACGGCGCGAAGCGGCCGGACCUUGACAUAUUUGUUAUCUCCUUCAAGAUCAAAAGUUCAAACCGAUAAAGACUGGAAUACGGUCGUUCCAGUGCGAUCGGACGAGGAAUACAUUUUCGACGUUUCUUACCAGAGGGAAGUCAUCUUGAAGAUGAGAAGAAGAGGGAGGACCAAAAAUGAGAUCGAAAGGAAGCUUUGAUUACUUACGAAUCGAAAUAUUGAUUAAUUCAUUAUUAUACCAAUGACAUCGCUAUACUUUUUGUUCUACUGUGAUUAUCAUUAUCAUUAUUACUAUUACUAUUACUAUUAUUAUUAUUAUUAUUAUUAUUAUUAUUAUUAUUAUUAUUAUUAUUAUUAUUAUUAUUAUUAUUAUUGUUGUUGUUGUUGUUGUUGUUGUUGUUGUUGUUGUUGUCAUCAGUACUGACUUUCAAUCCCAUCGUUGUGUGUUACCUACCACUUUUACCAUUACGUAAAAGUAAUUUAUAAUGGAAAUAGGGGGCUAAUAAGGCGAAGGCUUCCGUAUAAUAACCCCAUGACCCCGUUUUUCUCGCACGACCAAAGGAUAUACGUAUACAGGGUAUCUCGCCGAUGGAACGACGAAACAAGUGAUCGUCAUGAGCGUUUCACGAUGUCGCAUCUCGUACGCGUGACUUAGGAGAUAGGAGAAGCGUGCAAUUAUAGCAAAAAAUAUGGAUGCCUGUAACGAAGGCGUAGACCGGAUAGGAUCCUCCGAUGAUGCUACCGCGAAAAAAACCUGGCCAGAAUUACGUGGUGUAGUUAGCGAUUUGAGGAGAAGAUUGUCAGGUGUAUCGGCGGGAUCAGUGCCUGGAUCCAUAACGUUUCGAUCUUUACCCGAUGGACGCACCAGAAUAUAUUUUCUCAGUACUCCGAACAAUGGUUGGGAAACUACACUUUUAUAUGUCGAUAUUGCACACUCCGAUCAUGCCAAUGGGUAUCGACUUCAUUGGCAACCAGUUAUAGAAGCAAAUUUUCAGAGCGUAUCCAGUACAAAUAGAUUGUCGAGGGAGGAGCAGCUCUUAUGGGAAAGGAAGAGGCUAGCUACUUGGGGUAUAACCAGUUAUGAAAUUCAUGCGGAAAGUGGCAAGUUAGUUUUUCCAGCUGCAAGUAGUUUAUAUCAAUGUAUAGACACAGGCUUUAUGCCUGGACCUUUGUUUCCAUCAGAGAUUAGAAUAUCGGCUUCUGGUGCUAAACUGUGUCCUCAAAUUUGUCCAUGGAACAAUGCAUUGGUCGCUUAUACUUGUUCCGGUGACUUAUAUUUGUCUCAUAGCGUUACAGGAUCAUCCGUGAGAUUGACUCAUGCCAGAAAAGGGGGCAGAAGUCUAACCGAUGAUCCUCUCACUGCCGGUACCCCUUCUUAUGUCAUGCAAGAAGAAUUUACUAGGUAUAUAGGUUUUUGGUGGCAGCCAAAAUCUAACGAUGGCAUUUAUAGAAUAGUGUACGAAGAGGUCGACGAAAGCGACGUGAAAAUCUUUUGUUUUCCUUCAACGACCAAUUCCGAGGAAAUAGAUGAAUUUAGAUUUCCGAGAGCUGGCACGUCAAACGCUAGGAGUAAUUUGAAAAUGGUGCAAUUCCGAUUAACGGAAACUUUGCAGAUAGUUGACGUAGAAAUAUUAGAACUCCAGUAUCCGCUACAGAUUAUGUUUCCUUGGAUGGAAUAUAUGGUUAGAGUUGGUUGGACGCCGGACGCUCAAUACGUUUGGGUGCAGUUAUUAGAUAGGAAACAACAAAAGCUCGAACUGGUUCUAUUAUCGGUCGACAAUUUUUCUGAGCCUCCUACGAGCGUAUACAAUACCAAAUCUUCCUCUGCGAGCGUUCAGGUUUUAUAUUCCGAGCAGAGUACCGUUUGGGUGAACGUUAACGAUCUGCUUUACUUUUUGCCCUCGGACGAACCGACGGAAGUAAAAUUUCUUUGGGGCAGCGAGGAGUCGGAAUUUCGACACUUGUAUCUUAUAACAUCCAGCAUAACUGGCUUAAGCAAUGGUGUUGAAGAAUCAUUGGAUCGAAUGGAUAGUAUCUUUUUACAGCCACGCGUUACAUCGAAGAUAGCACUGACUCAAGGCGAUUGGGAAGUAUUGGGUAAAAAAUUGUGGGUGGACGAUAGCAAUUCUAUCGUAUAUUUUUGUGGUUUGAGAGAGGGUCCGUUGGAACAACACGUUUAUGCGGUCUCCCUUCGUCGGCCACUGGAAAUAAGACUCUUAACGAGGCCCGGAUACAGUUAUAAUAAUGUAUAUUUCAAUAAGGAAUGCACUAUGCUAGUUACCGUCUACAGCUCCAUCAAAACAUUUCCCAUAUGCCAAGUAUUUAGGAUAUCUCAAUCCGAUUGGACGGUGGAGAGUAUAACGCUUACUCCGGUUGGUUACCUGUUGGAACCAUCUUCUCCCGAAUUAGAUUUAUUUGCGCCAGAAAUUUAUACCUAUAAGAUAAUGUCGGGGGAUACAAUUUACUCGAUGAUUUUUAAACCUCAUAAUUUUCAAACAGGGAUCAAGUAUCCCACGAUAUUAAACGUUUACGGUGGUCCGGAAGUACAAUUGGUAUCCAAUACGUUUAAAGGUAUGAGACACUUAAGAAUGCAUAUGCUGGCUGCGCAAGGCUAUUGCGUUGUUUUAAUCGAUUCUCGUGGCUCGCAGCAUAGAGGAUUGGUAUUUGAGAGUCAUUUGCAACGUCGCAUGGGAACCGUCGAAUUAAACGAUCAGGUCGAAGUUUUAAGAUGGCUGGCCGAGACGACGGGAUACAUAGAUUUAAAUCGUGUCGCUCUUCACGGUUGGUCUUACGGCGGAUACCUAAGUCUUAUGGGUUUGAUACAAUAUCCUGAUGUAUUUAAAUUGGCGAUAGCUGGGGCACCGGUUACAUCUUGGAACUUUUACGACACCGGUUAUACCGAGCGUUACAUGGACCUUCCUCAGAAUAAUCCGCACGGUUAUAUGACUGGUUCGGUUUUAACAUACGUUAGCAAGUUCCCGGACGAAGAGAACAGACUUCUUAUCAUUCACGGACUUAUCGAUGAAAAUGUUCACUUUUUCCAUACCAGUCAGUUGAUUAAUGCUCUUGUAAAAACUGGCAAGCCGUAUCAAUUGCAAAUUUAUCCAAACGAAAGGCACAGCCUUCGAAAUUUAGAUGCUAGUAAACAUUACGAAACUACGUUGCUAUCGUUUCUACAAAAUCAUUUAUGAACCUGUUUAAAUUAGACACUGUUAGGUAAAUUUUACACACCGAUUGCUCGUUACAAGAACGACCUUUUUUAAAAAUUUAAGUAACUGCCAUUAUUUUAUGUAUAUAGAACUCUAACCGAAUUAAUCUGAUCUGUCGCUAUUUCUAUAUCUUCGCGAUGGUAUGGACAGGUAUUCGAUUUUAAUCUCUAUGGCAGAGUCAAGUAUCGAGGUAUAUUCAAGCAGUAUUACAUUUUUACUAUGAAAACUUGCAAUAAAGUCUAGACGAUAUGUAUGUUUGAAACGUACGUAUUGUUAUUAAAGAUACCUGUCGAAUAUUCCACAAGCAUAUUGAAUGAAAAUAAUCCACUGUCUGAAACGCGACAUUGAAUCAACAAUGUUAUUACUACUUUUAUGUUAUGGAACCAUCGCGGAACAUGUUAUAUAAACGUAUAUAAACGUACGUAACUCAUACGUUUAUUACGAAGGCUUAUCACCAUCAACAAACGUAUUAACGAUCCUAGAUAUUUUUUAAGGAAAUCGACAAUACUCGCAAUUAUUUUGUACAUAUAUAUACAUAUAUAUACAUAUAUAUAUAUAUAUAUAUAUAUAUAUAUAUAUAUAUAUAUAUAUAUAUAUAUACACACAUAUAAAUACGUGCGUAUAAUCAAACGUAGAUCUGCAUAAGAUUUUUGUAGGGCUUUUACCCUAAUUGUACUUAGAAGAUAUUUCUGCUCGAUACAUACAUAUGCGUGUGCGUGCGUGCGUGUGUGCGUGUGUAUGUGUGUAUAUAUAUAUAUAUAUAUAUAUCUUCUUUCGGUUGUUAUAUAAUUUUCUGCUUGAUUAUGUAUAUACGUGUGAAGCUGUCAAAUCUUUUUACAGUAAAUAAUUAUGAAAAGUAUUUUAACGAUAACACUAUUUGCGAUCUUGAUCAUUGUGAAAUUAUCGUAUAUCCGAUGGAUAAUCAUUUGUCAAAUAAAUAAAUUCGCUAUUUUAUACUUUGUACGAUGUUCGAUAAUGGCACACGAAGAAUAAUGUUAUUUCAGCAGA